CAUCACUUUGAUACACAUAGGCCCAUAUUCAUAUCUCAAAAUAUUUUCUUCUUUUCUCCCUCCUCAAGUCUCCUAACAACUUCCCACAUAAAUUAACUCAUCAUUUCCAAAAAUAAUCAAGCUUUAAAACCUCUUUCAAUUCAGUCUACUAGUAUCAGUUCAAUUUCCAGUCAAAAAAAGCUCAAUUUUCAUGGAGAUGGAUUACAAUCUCAGCAUUGAACUUCGAGGACACGAAGACGACGUUAGGAGAAUUUGCGUUUGUGAGAAUGUUGGAAUUGCGACGUCUUCUAGGGAUAAAACGGUGAGGUUUUGGCCGCUUGAUCCGGCAACCAAUCGAGUGCUUGAAUCGCCGAAGGUUAUGGUGGGACACACUAGUUUUGUAGGUCCACUUGCUUGGAUUUCGCCGAAUGAUGAGUUUCCGGGAGGUGGGAUUGUUUCCGGUGGGAUGGAUACUUUGGGGAUGGUGUGGGACUUGAAGAGUGGAGAGAGGGUCCAUGUCUUGAGGGGUCAUGAAAUGCAGGUUACCGGGAUUGCUCUGGAUGAUCGCGAUAUUGUCACCUCUUCGGUUGAUUGCACUUUGAAAAGAUGGAGAAAUGGGAAGGCUGUGGAGUCCUGGGAGGCUCAUAAUGCUCCUGUACAAGCUGUUGUAAAGCUACCCUCAGGCGAGCUUGCCACAGGAUCCAGUGACACAACCCUUAAACUCUGGAAAGGCAAAACAUGUGUACACACGUUUGUUGGACAUACUGAUACUGUAAGAGGUCUGGCUGUGAUGUCUGAUAUAGGAGUACUUUCUGCUUCGCAUGACGGUUCUGUGCGACUCUGGGCACUGACGGGUCAAGUUCUGUUGGAGAUGGUUGGUCACCAAUCAAUUGUAUAUUCUGUUGAUUCACAUGUCUCAGGUCUUGUUCUUAGUGGUAGUGAAGACAACACAGCCAGGAUAUGGAAAGACGGUGUAUGUGUUCAAGUAAUUGAGCACCCUGGAUGUGUUUGGGAUGUCAAAUUCUUGGAAAAUGGGGACAUUGUUACAGCAUGUUCAGACGGAGUAGUGCGCAUUUGGACAACGCAUGCAGAUAGAGCAGCAAACCCUAUAGAGAUUCAAUCAUAUUCUGAACAACUUUCUGCUUACAAGAUCAGUAGAAAGAGAGUUGGGGGCUUGAAAUUGGAGGAGUUGCCUGGAUUGGAUUCAUUACAAGUUCCAGGUACGAGUGAUGGACAAACAAAAGUUGUAAGGGAAGGAGACAAUGGUGUAGCAUAUUCUUGGAAUAUGAAAGAGUACAAGUGGGAUAAAAUUGGUGAGGUUGUUGAUGGACCUGGGGAAGGCCUUAAGCGUCCUGUACUUGAUGGAAAGGAGUAUGAUCACGUGUUUGAUGUUGAUAUUGGAGAUGGGGAGCCUAUUCGUAAGCUGCCUUAUAAUCGAUCAGAUAAUCCAUAUGACACUGCUGAUAAGUGGCUUCUUAAGGAGAAUCUUCCACUUUCUUAUCGUCAGCAAGUUGUAGAUUUCAUUUUAGAGAAUACUGGUCAGAAGACAUUUUCUUUUGAUUCAUCAUUCCGUGAUCCUUACACCGGAUCCAAUGCCUAUGUACCUGGGGGUACUUCUGCCAACCAUGCUAUUUCUAAUAAACCUACUUUUAACAAUUUCAAGCAUAUACCCAAGAAAGGUGUCCUCAUCUUUGACGUGGCCCAAUUUGACGGGAUUUUGAAAAAGAUGUCUGAGUUUAACAAUACUCUUCUCUCUGACCAGGGCCAGAAGCAGCUCUCACUUACAGAAGUGGAAAUGUCUAGAAUUGGUGCUGUUGUAAAGAUCUUGAAAGAUACAUCACAUUAUCACAGUAGCAAUUUUGCAGAUGUAGACAUUGACCUGCUGUUGAAAUUACUGAACUCAUGGCCAGUAUCCAUGGUGUUUCCAGUUAUUGACAUCCUGCGAAUGAUGAUUUUGCACCCUGAUGGAGCUUCUAAAUUGCUGAAGCUCAUAAAUGGUGGAAACGACGCACUAAUAGAGUUGAUCAAGAAAGUUACAAUGAGUCCAGUGAUCCCGGCCAACGUUUUGACUGGUCUUCGUGCAUUAAAUAAUCUAUUUAAGAAUACUUCUUUCCACCAGUGGCUUCAAUAUCAUCGUAGUGAGAUACUUGAUGCAUUUUCUGCUUGUUACACAUCUAAUAAGAAUGUACAAUUUGCUUAUUCCACGUUAAUUCUCAACUUUUCUGUGCUGUUGAUUGAAAAGAGAGAUGAAGAAGGGCAAUUACAAGUACUAUCAGCUGCACUUGAGAUUGCUGAAGCAGAGAGUAUUGAUCUAGAUUCAAAAUUUCGUGCACUGGUUGCUAUUGGAUCAUUGAUGCUUGAUGGUUCUGUCAAAAGAAUAGCAAUGGAUCUUGAUGUCGAGAGCAUUGCAAAAGCUGCAAAGUCUUCCAAGGAUUCAAAGAUCGUUGAAGUCGGGGCUGAUAUUGAAGCACUAACAAAGCAAAGUUAAGAUCUUCGGACCAGAUUUCAAUAGAUGAACAACACACAUCAUGUUGGAUUUUUGUUGAAGGUCUAGGGAGGAAUUGGAGGAUACUGCUAAAACAAUACAUGGAAAAUGAAACAUAGUUAUCUCUUGAUUUGUACAGUUGUAGCAGCAUUGUAACCUCUAUUUUUCCUUGGUGUUAUAAUGUUUCAUUCAUAUAGCCACUGCUACAGCCCGCUUUCUGUUGAUUUCCUGUUGCAGUGUUGCUUACCAAAACACAUUUAGAGUAAUUUUUUCUUUGAUUAAGUUUAAUAUAUGCUCUAGAGCCUUUGAAAUCC